AUGUCGGUACAAGACCUCCUACUUGACAUGGCCUUGGGAGACUUGAUUCGUUUUGGCUUUGUAGGGCUUGAUGUAGGCGACCAGACCUUAGUAGUGAAGGUACCAAGCACUGCCAAGAAUGAUUUUCGUGACUAUGCAAACCUUUGCUUUUGGGAAUUUGGUGAUCGGGUAAAGAAUUGGAUCACGCUUAAUGAACCAUGGAGCUACUCUGUUUUUGGACAUCACAAUUGUGCACACCCACCGGGUGGAUAUUAUCCAUGGCAUUUGAAGAGUGAAUUGAACAUGUACGACGUGACGCAUAACCUUCUUCUUGCUCAUGCAAAUGCAGCAGAUUUGUAUAAGAAGAAUUAUAAGAAAGUUCAAAAUAGCAAGAUCGGGAUUGUGAAUGUGACAUGCUGGUUUAAGACUCUUUUGGACUGGGGGUUUAUGAAUCCAUUGACAACAGGGGAAUAUCCAAAGAACAUGAGAGAUAGAGUGAAAGAUCUUCGACAUUUCAGUAAGAAUGAGCAAAAGUUGCUAAAAAAUUCAUGCGAUUUCAUCGGAUUGAACUACUAUACAGCAUAUCAUGCACUCCACAAAAAAAUAUAUCGAGACUCUCAUGGUAAUGGUGUUGAAGAUUCAACUGAUUAUGAAAAACCAGCUAAUUCAUGGCUUAAUGUCUGUCCAGAAGGACUUGGACAUGUUUUACAAAAACUUGCGAAAAAGUACGACACUAAGCUUAUUUACAUUACGGAGAAUGGGGUCUGCGACAAGUCUGAUGUAAAAGGCACAAAUCUUUCAGAAGAUAAAGUUAAUGUAAUUGGAUACUUUGUUUGGUCUCUCAUGGAUAAUUUCGAAUGGGGUGAUGGUUACCUUACUCGUUUCGGCCUCAUUUAUGUGGAUUACAAGAAUAAUUUAGCAAGACACCCAAAAGACUCAACUCUGUGGUACAUGAAUUUUCUCAAGGGAGGAUCUACGAAAAUGAGUUAUGAAUCAUCUGCAAGACGUUGGUUUCGUGGUGUGGUGCGAAGGGGCCCUUUCAGGAAUAGGAAAUAUUGUUGUGACAAAAGGGCAGUUGUGUUGAUCUCUGAGUCAGACGACAAUCUUGGGAAGUUGUUUUCAAUUGCAAGGAUAGGGUUUGUAAUUCUUUUGAAUGGUGAACUCCUUCAGCUGGUUUCGGUGAAGCUAUACAAGAAGAACAUGAAGGUCGAGUAG